AUGAGGGAUGAUGCAGAGACUAAGGCACUGGGGUGUGGAAACCAGAGAAUAGUAAUGAAUGAAAUUGAUGGAGAGAUCCUGAAGGCAGUGUGGGAGAACCAGGAUCAGAGGGAAGUUGAGAAUAUAGCCAAGAUACAGGAACUAAGGAAGACAAACCAGAAGGAGGAUAAAGAUAAGAAUCCUCCAGAAACCCAGACACAUAUGGGAGAGAACCAUGAACAGUUAAGAUGUAGAAUUGAUGCAGAGACCCAAACUCCCAAGCUGGGGAACCAGGAUAGGAAUGGAGGUGAGGGUGCUGUGGAGAUCCAGAUAUUUGAGAGGAAAAACAAGAGAAAAGCUGGAGGGGAGGAUGAGGGAGAGAUUCAGGAGGAGACCCAGAUGCCAGAGUGGGGAAAACAAGACCAGAUUAGAGAUGAUCCUGGUGCAGAAAUUCAGACACAAAAGGGGAGGAACAAGGAUCAGGUUGGAGGUACAGAUGCUGUGCAAACCCAGUCAUCUGGUAGGGAGAACCUGGGAGAAGUAAAAAAAAAGGAUGGUGUGGAGACCCAGGCCUUGGAGUGGGGGAAAGAGGAAAGCAAUGGAAGUGAGAAUGUUACAGAGAUCCAGACAUCAGGGUGGGAGAAACAGGAGCAGAGUGGAAGUGAGACUGCUUCAGAGACCCAGGAAUCUAGGGGAGAGAACCAGAAACUAUUAAGACAUGAAACUCAAGUGGGGUGGGGAAGCCAAAGCAUGGGAAGAGGUGAGGAAGCUGAGGAAACCCAGAUAUCUAGCAGGAAGUGGCUCAGGGAGAUAAGACAGGAGGAUUGGGUGGUGAUCCAGGCACCAUGGUGGGGAAACCAGAGGCUAGUAGCAAGUAGAGUUGACAGAGAAUUUGAUAUACUAUGUUGGGGAAGUCAGAACCAGAUUGGAAGUGAACAUAGAGUGGAAAUUCACGCACCAGAGAAGAGAGGCCAGGGAGAGGAUGGGCAUAAGAUUGAGAACCAGGAACAAUUAAGAGAUGAAACUGAUGUGAAGAUCCAUCCAGCAGGGAGGAAAAAUAAGGAAAAGCUUGGAAAUGAGAAUGGUACAGACAUUCAGGCACUAAGGAAGAGAAUCCCGAAAGAGGUAAAAGGUGAUAAUGAUAAGGAGACCUGGAAACUUGGGGAAGAAAAUAAAAGUCAGUCAGGAAUUGAACUGAAUGAUAAGAUUCACAUACCAAGGUGGAAGAAUCAAGAACCUACUAAUGGCAAAAAUGGUACAGUUACCCAGACAUCUGAGGCAGAGAACUGGAGUGAAUUAGCAAGCAAAACUGAUGGAGAAACCCAUUCAGCAGGAUGGAAAAAAGAGAAGACUGGAGGCGAAAACAGUGCAGAAAUUCAGGUACAAGGGAAGAGAAACCUGAGAGAAGUUGGAGGUGAGGAUGGUACAGAGACCUGGACACCUGGGGAAGAAAACCAGAAUCAGUUAAGAAGUGAUUUUGAUAGAAAGACCCUUUUAUCAGAGUGGGAGAACCAGAAACAGAUGGGAGACAAGAAUGGAACAGAAAUUCAGGACCUAGACGAGGGAAAACAGAGAGAACCUGAAGGUAAAGACAGUAUAAAGACCCGGAGACCUGAGAGAGAGAACCAGGCACAGUUAGAUAGUGAAAUUGGAGGGAACCAUUCACCAGGGAGCAGGAACUUGGAGCAGAUUGGAGGAAAGAGUAUUGUAGAAAAUCGGGCAUCAGAGAAGAGAAACCAGAGAGAAGUUGGAAGUGAGGAUGGCAGAAAGAUCCAGAGAUUUAGGGGAGAGAACCAGAGACUGUUAAAGAGGAAAGUUAAUGGAAAGACCUGUCCAUCAGAGUGGAAGAACCAGAAACAGAUUGGAGGUGGAAAUGAAGGAAUUAAAAUACAAGGGAAGAGAAACCUGAGAGGGACCACAGGUGAUGAUGAUAUGGAAACCCAGGCUCCUGUGGGAGAUGACCAGGGACAAUCAAGAAGUGAAAUUGGUGGAGAGAUCCAGGCACAAGGGCAAGGAAACCAGAUUGAAGGUGGAGAUGAGGAUAUUGCAGGGCCCUGGGCUGAAGGGAGCCAGAGAAAGUACACAGCUGAGGAUGCUGGAGGGCCUCAAGCACCAAGGGGAGGAAACAAGGACUGGGUCACAGGAAAGGGUGCUGUGAAGGCCAGUCUCCAAGUUGACUGUUCUGGAGAUGAGGGGCCCACAAGCAGGAAGCACAGCCCAGCACGGCUUCCCACCUUCACUGGUUCUGGAUAUGAGGUCAUGGAACAAGAACAGACAGUGGCUGUAAAUGGUUUCGUCUCUGCUCCAUGUCUUGGGAUGAAGCUUCUCCCCCUCUGGAGUGAGGUCUUCCUGCUGGCUGGAGGGAAGGGAGAGCAUCUGGCCAGCCAGGGCACAGCCCUUGCCAGGGAGCACAGAGUGAGGGUCAGUUCAACUUCCCAACAGAUCCGACCUAAAUCCUGGAGAAGACGACAAAGGGACAAAGGAACGGAUCCAGGGAAGGCCUCCACCCUGACUCAGCAGCCCCAGAACCCACAGUCUCUGGAUGCUCCCUUGGUGGUGCCCUUUGCCUGCCCCUCUCUACUGUGUGGUCAAGCCCCUCAAGCUGCCACAGCUCUGGUCGGUGCUCCUAUUGCCCUCACUGUCCUGCCCAAGUGGCCAAUCCUCAAGAAGAGCAAGCGACUGCUCCUGGAGUCCCUCAUGCGGAGGAGGAUCGCACAUCUGAAAUGGGGCUUACCCCGACGGAUCCUGGAGUCCUAUUUGCUGUUUUACUUCUUAGGAUCUUGCUCAUUGCCCCUUGCUGGGGUGAGGCUCCCUGGACUACACACGGAUCAGAAACUCCAAGGGCAGCAGGAAAAGUAUUGUGAAGCUCAGGGCUCCACACCAGGCCUCAAGUCCCCAGAAAGGUUCCCAAACAAAAAAAGCCCAAAAGUUCCCACAAAGACUGGAGCGCUGAAGUAUAGACCACACCUGUCAGAGCCAAAGGGCGUUUCCAUCAAGUCCGAAAAGUCCCGGAGAGUCAUGCCACUAGGGGGUGUUAGAGAACCACAGGAGAUACAGGAAGUGGCUUUUAGGGCCAAGCUCCCUGCUCCCAGGAACUGCAGGCCUGCAGGGGAGUCUAGGAACUGGUGUGGCCAAGAAAGGGUCCGCGAGCCUUCCAGUGAGAACAGCAGCAACAGGAAAAUGGCCAGGCCAGGGGUCUCCCAGAUAGCAGAGAGAACUCUUAGCAGAGUGAGGACCUCAUCCUCCAGGGCAGGCCAUGCCCACUGGAGGAAAGAAAGCACAUCCUGGAAGGUUUCUAAACCCCCGGGACUCAAAUAUCAGCAGCCAACAAACUGGAGAAGAGGAAACCUGAAACCUGCAGAGGGCAGAGGGGCUGGGCAACAGCCUUUCUCUGAUUCCACAGAAACCUUCAACUUCAAAAAGAGUUUCCGCUCUCCUGCAGCAAAGCUAAGCAUGACCCUUUUGAACAAGAUAUCCUGGUCCCCACAGCUGGUCAAGCGCCAGCACCCAACCCCUAAUCUGAGCCCAAAGGAACCUGAUCCUACUCUUCUUCCCAAAGUGUUUGCUGCUAUGAACAUGGGUGUACAAGUGUUCGGGGCCAUACUCCUCACAGUUGGGUCCACUGAAGUUUCUAUCAGGUCUCUGUUCUGCCCUAUUCUCAAGAUAAUCCUGAUUGAGGCAAGACAUUCUAACAGCCUCAGCUGUGUGGGAAAGGUGGUGCUCUGCAUGGGACACUAUUAUCCAGGUCCUUUUGGAUACCAUGAAGGGAGCUGA